ACGCGCCUCUUGCAAUUAAUUAUACGCGGCGAAGAAUUUAUUUUGACUCGACUGGCUGAAAGAUUCUGUACGAAAUUCCACUUUUCAUAGUGCUCUAUGGUCUGGAGAUGGCUAAUUUCAAAUGUGAAUGCGAGACACUUGAUCCUCAGAAUACUAUCCUGAAGGACUACUUGCCGACGGGAUACGACUACAGGCUGUGUCUCUUCGAAGCUCCAGAAGACAAUUCCGAGAACUUCAAGGCCAGUUUUCGGAUCAAGCUGUCGACACGUGACAAGGUGGAGGCCUGGUUCAAGGCCCUGCAGGAGAAGUCAGCUACGACGUGGAGAGUGAGGAAGACCUACCCCUGCAAUCAUGGCAUUGGAGCUAGGAAUAAGAAUAUAUUCAGGUUGGACUACGGCUGCCAUCAUAACACUCGUCCCAAACCCAAAGGUGAACCUAGGAAAUCCUCCAAGCACACAUCAUGCAGUGCUACAGUUUACCUCGUAGUAAAGAGACAAGCCGACGAGAGAGGAAGAGUCAGUCGGUCAUCAGACCCGCACAUUCGGAUGGGCUACCUCACGAGGUGCACGAUCAACAACUCCCACAACCACGCCAUUAGGAGCGCAGAGGCGAUGCGCAGACGUGACGUCUCUCAGGAGACCCGUGGCAGGCUCCUGAAGCUCUACGAGGAAGGGUAUAAGCCCUCAGCGGCCCUGGAGGCUCUGAAGCUACGACUGCAGGAAGAAUACGGGUCGGACUACGCUCAGAAGUCAGCGGAUAGAUCGGUGUGCCCCGAUGUUCAGUACUGCUUUAGGUUGUACUACUCCCUGUACAAGCAAGAUACCCCUAAAAAGAUACGAAAGACUCUUCUAAAAGCGAUUGAAACAAAGUUGCGACUCAACGACAUCAACGACAACUACUUCAAGAUGGCUACCACAGGGGAAGGUCAUGCCGUCGUCGUGAUCUGCUCCGCCUCCAUGCAGCGAGUUCACGAGUUCUGGCCGACCAGCAAAGAGCUGUGCUACCUGGACACGUUCGAAGGUCUGGAGAGGCAGAACUGGAGGGUCACUGUCCUCCUGACACCGAGCCCCAUCGGGGAACUUCCUCUAGGGAUUCUGAUGUCUUCCUCAGGGUCUUCGGAAACACUGUCUCUAGGGCUGCAGCUCCUGCAUAAGCUGUUGCCGAAGUUCUCCUACUACGAGCGCGGACAUAGCGGACCGAGCGUGGUGAUCACCAGAGAGGAUGCGGAAGAGCAAUUGACCCUGCAUAAGGUGUACCCGACAGCGGAACUGCUCGUCAACCCUCAGGCUCUCAUCCAAUCCGCAAAGGACUGGUUGUGGAAUCCGGUGAACAGUGUCAGCAAGGCUGAUCGCCAGGAGCUUCUGCGACAUCUCAGGGCCGUCAUCGAGGCGAGGACGCCAGACGAUCUGAACUCCAUCUAUGAGCUUGCGAGACAGGAUGCGGAGAAUCGGACGCAUCUUGACUUUGUGGAGUUCCUGGACAAUCUUUACGAGCGCAGGGAGAUGUGGUCACUGGCCCUCAAGAGUAGUCCUGCUUUGUUGAACAACCGUGUCUUAGGGACUGUCAAGGUACCCAUGGAGAAGAUUCUGCAGAAGGUCAAAGGUUACAACAUCCUGCGGUUGGUUGAUGACCUGCUGAACCGGCUCGGUCCGUACUACGAGCGCAAGCUCAUUGACGCAGGAAACAACGGGUCGGAACGAGUGACCUUUGCAUCGUAUCCGACGGACCUGCUCGGCCCAGAAACCACAGUGAAGAAGGUGAACGAGAUAGACUACGAGGUCCUCGUUGACACGUCGGAUGGUCAGAACCUAACCUGCUUUCACAUCAACAUGGAGCAUGGACUGUGCAGCUGUCACGAUGAACAGGGGCGUAUCCCCUGUCUUCACCAGAUGGCCGUGUUCAAGAAGUUUGGAAAGAACAGCGGGACCUUCUUCCCGACCGAGCUUAGGUCCUUGUUCACCAAAAUCGCUACAGGUAAAGAGACGCAGGAUGACGUCUGGUACCAGCCAUUGACUGUGAGCAGGGAGGUUCAGAUCACAUCCGAUGGCAAGCAAGAACUGCCUCUUGAGGACAUCAAAGUGCAGGAGGCCAUGAUGGAACUGUCCGCUGUCCUGGAACAGCAAGCCGCCUCAAGGAUGAUCAAUGACAGCAGCGAUGACGACGAAGGAAGGAUGGAAGAAACAGUGGGGUACGUACCCCGCGAAGCACAUCAACAGCUGCAGGAGGUCUUUGCUGAUUUGGAAAAGAGGCUGCUUGAUGAUCCAGUGGCCUUUGAAGGACCCGUCCGAGCCUUUGCAAAGAACUACCUGGAGGCUGUUCAACAGGGAAGGUUGGCUUCGGCAGUGGGUUCCUUUGGCCAGAGCAGGAGUGUCACUGGGAGCAAGAUCAAAAGGACAGGUGAAGAUUUGGCUCCAGACACGUCCCAUCUGCAUGUCAUUGCGGAGACAGAGGAAGUCCAUCGCAGGAAGAUGGCUGUGAAACGUUCAUGACCACAGAGUCCGGCAGUGGGUUCCUUAGGUCAGAACAGGAUUGUCGCUGGUAGCAAGAUCAAAAGGACAGGUGAAGACGUGGCUCCAGACACGUCCCAUCUGCAUGUCAUUGCGGAGACAGAGGAAGUCCAUCGCAGGAAGAUGGCUGUGAAACGUUCAUGACCACAGAGUCCGGCAGUGGGUUCCUUAGGUCAGAACAGGAUUGUCGCUGGUAGCAAGAUCAAAAGGACAGGUGAAGACGUGGCUCCAGACACGUCCCAUCCGCAUGUCAUUGCAGAGACAGAGGAAGUCCAUCGCAGAAAGAUGGCUGUGAAAGGUUCAUGACCGCUGAAUCCG